AAUUUGCCAAUCUACUCUCAAGUCUCAACCAUCUCCACACAUCCCCGCCUAUUUUAUUAUCCCUUUGAAAUAUUUCCUCCCUAUCCCUGUCCUCCUCCUCCAGUCCCUUGCCGACCAGUAAGCAAAAUCGAAAUAAUAGAAUAAGGAUUAAGGGGGAAGAGUUCGCUAUGGUGGUUACGACCUUAUUGUCUCCCUGCAAUUCAGUUCUAGUCCGCGGGUUUCCCAUAAGAGAAAACGAAUCAUCAUCUCGCCCAUUGUUUCUAAGCGUUAGAGACAGGUUUCUGAAUGGGAACAAAAGGUUAUCUCGUGGCGGGUUGCUUGUGCAGCUUAAUGCAACCGAAGGUUCAGCCGAUUCAAGUAAGUCCGAAGAAAGUAUACCUUCUUGGGCUAAACCCGAUUCCGACGAGCCUCCACCUUGGGCUCAAGGUGAAGGCAAGAGUUCCACAGCACAGCAGAGUUUUGAGGUUCCUUUCUUCGUUUACUUGCUUGCUUCAGCGGUGACCGCCAUUGCUGCGGUUGGUUCUAUUUUUGAGUAUAUCAACCAAAGGCCUGUUUUUGGAGUUUUGAACUCAGACAGCAUUUUCUAUGCGCCUCUGCUUGGUUUCUUCGCAUUUACCGGAAUCCCCACUUCGGCAUUUCUUUGGUUCAAAUCAGUUCAAGCUGCUAACAAGGAAGCAGAGGAACAAGAUAGGAGGGAUGGUUUUUUGUGAAGCCAAAAGGCACAAAUUGCCAUUGACACUGUAAUGUAUUCAUCAUCUAGAACUUUUGUCUAUGGAAAUUGAAUGCCUUACCAUUAAUUAUGUAAAGAAAGUCAUGUUCUUUUUUGAGGUAAAUAAGUCUGGAAUUGUUACUUGUUAA